ACAAAGCCCACGCCUACCUUUAGUUGCCCAUUUCUCAGAGAGGCUUCGCAUUUGGGAGUUCCAAUUGGGUUUGUUCGUAGGCUUUUGGGUUUUCCUCGCUCCUUUGGGUCUUUUCCAUUUCUCUCUUUUUGGUGGGAAAAAUCACAAGCUCAACUCAACCCAAAUAUCUGAUUCAAAUUUGCUCAUCACUCCAGAGGUAAUCAGGCACUGUACAAUCUGUACCUCUUUUUGUAGCAUCUGACACUUGUUCUUGGGUAAAAAAAGGUUCUUGCUAACUUUAAACCUAGAAAGAAAAGUUGAAGUAAACAUUGAGGUUGACCAUUAAAGUUAUGGAAUGUAAUAAAGACGAGGCCGUCAGGGCAAAAGUAAUUGCUGAGAGGAAGUUAACGGAGAAGGAUUUUGCUGGUGCAAAGAAAUUUGUGUUGAAGGCCCAAACUUUAUAUCCUGGACUUGAUGGUCUUCCCCAAAUGCUGACCACGCUUGAUGUGUACACCGCUGCGGAGAAUAAGAUUAGUGGGGAAGUGGAUUGGUAUGGGAUACUUGGUGUAAACCCCUAUGCUGACGAUGAAACAGUAAGGAAACAAUACAGAAAGUUAGCUCUGAUGCUUCACCCUGAUAAAAACAAAACUGUUGGUGCAGAGGGUGCAUUUAAACUCCUUUCAGAGGCCUGGAGUUUGAUAUCUGACAAAGCUAAGAGGUUAGCUUAUAACCAAAGGAGGGGCUCAAGGGGGUUGCAACAGAAAGUUCCAACCAAGGCUGGGGUUCAUUCUGCAAAUGGUUUUCCUAACUUCCCAAACAGUACAACUUCAAAUUUAAAGACGCAGAACAAUACUGCCCGAGCACACCCCCCUCCACCAUAUCCAAGAGCCGAUACUUUCUGGACAAUCUGCUAUCGAUGCAAGAUGCAUUAUGAGUAUCUUAGGACAUAUCUCAAUCACACUCUCCUUUGCCCCAACUGUCAACAGGCUUUUCUGGCUUCAGAGACAGCUCCACCUGCGAAUUUUUCUAAGCCAUUUAACUCAUCAUCUAGCCAAAGCUACCAGGAUCGAGGACAUCAUGCCACUAACGGUAAUCCAUCUGAUCCGGGAAGAUAUGCGGGACCAGGAAGGUCAGCAGGUUUUAAUUCGUUUAAUCAUGUAAAACUCCAACAGGGUCAAUUCACUAGAACAGCUGGAGUGGGUACCACAGUCUCUGAACCUUCUACAGCUCAAAAAGCUGCAAGUGUUAUUCAGCAGGUAAAUGAGAGACUGAAGAGAGCGAGGGAGGAAACACAGGCGACCAGUGAGUGGGAGAGGCUCUUGAGACAAAGACAUGGUUAUGGAGGACAGACAGCAAUGGGAAAUGAUUUUGGAUUGAGAAAUGCUGGAACUGAUGCAGAUAGGGUCCAUGUCUAUGGAUUUUCUGGAAAUUAUGGUAAGCCAAACAGCACCAGAGAGUUGACACCGCUUGAAGUUCGGAACAUGCUUGUGGCAAGGGCUCGGAUUGAGAUUUGCAAGAAGUUAAGUGAUUUGAACUCAGAGGCUAAGUCAGCAAAUUCAAAGAAAGACAAAUUGAAGAAUAGCAAAAAAGAGAAAGAUAAAAGCUCUGUUAAAGGUGAAACUCAUGAACUGAAUGGGAUUGGAGUGUCUCGUGGUACUUCUGCCAAGGAUGCAGAUAAAGAGGACCUUGGACCAGCGGCAAUUAACGUACCAGAUCCUGAUUUUCAUGAUUUUGAUUCAGACCGGACAGAAAGUGCUUUUGAUGACAACCAAGUUUGGUCUGCAUAUGAUAGUGACGAUGGCAUGCCACGUUUCUAUGCUAUGAUUCAUAAGGUAAUAUCCUUAAACCCAUUCAAGAUGCGGAUCAGUUGGCUUAACUCAAAAACAAACAGCGAGUUUAGUAGUACUCUGGACUGGGUUGGUUCUGGUUUCUUUAAAACCUGUGGGGAUUUUAGGAUUGGGAAACACGAAGUCACCAACUCACUAAAUUCGUUUUCGCACAAAGUUAAUUGGACAAAAGGUCCACGUGGGACUGUUUGCAUAUUGCCAAAGAAGGGGGAUGCGUGGGCCCUUUACAGAAACUGGGCCUCUGAUUGGAAUGAACACACCCCAGAUGAAGUGAUUCACAAGUAUGACAUGGUGGAAGUUCUUGAAGACUUCAAUGAGAAUCAAGGUGUGCUUGUCGCUCCUCUUGUCAAGGUUGCUGGAUUAAAGACGGUAUUUCGCAGGGAUGCGGAUUACAUGAAAGUAAGGAGAAUACCGAAAGAGGAGAUGUUUCGGUUUUCUCAUUUAGUCCCCAACUAUUUGCUUACAGGCCAAGAAGCUCAGAAUUCUCCAAAGGGCUGCCUUGAGCUGGACCCCGCAGCUACACCUUUGGAACUUCUUCAGGUAGUUACUGAAGCUGGUGAGGCUGCAAUAGAGGAGAAUGAUGGAAAAGCUGAGAAAGAGAGAUUCCAGAGAGACUCAGGAUUUUGAGUAGAUGAGAAUGUGACUAAUUCCGCGGAAGCUAAUGAAGAAUAGAUGUUGGAGAAUGGGGAGGAAUUCAAGAAGAGAUGAUAGGCAUCCCCAAAGUCGCCAAGGAAGCCGAUAAUGUUGACAACAGCUGAUCAAGCAGAAUGUGAAGCUUGCUGGAGAUUCACUGGGUGCAUUUUUUGGUAACAACUCAACUCUAGACAUGUUUUGUUCCAACUAUGUAGAGUUGGCUACAUAGAUGGUUUUUAAAUUUAUGGGCUAGGUGCGAAAGUGGAGGACAUUUGGUGGAGAAGUGGAUUAAAGAUGAAUAUUGGUGUUCGUUCUUAGUUUGUCAAUGUAUUUUUGGGACUACAAUGGAACUCAUACAUUACCAUUCCCGAGUUGUCUCUCUUUUCUGAAAAUUCAAUACAGUCCACAGCAUCAAAAUACAUGGUUCUUUUUUCUUA